AUUCUGCCUCCCCCCAUCAUCCACAGGCACAGUACAGUACCAACUUGCACGCCACGGCCUCAAGGUAUCCUCAUGCCUCGGAUUUCCAGUGCUACGCAAUUCAUAAUUCAAAAGCCUUACCCACAAAUAAGUAACGGAUGCCAAGUUAGCGCUCAUCUCGCUUUUUUGGGUAGAUACACAACAGCAUUGUGAAGGAUUGAUGAUACGGAUACCUAUAAGGUAACGCCCAGCGUUUCCUUCCUGUCCUUUACUUCCUUGUUGCUUAUCCUCCUUUUUUCUCCUUGUCUCUUUGUCUAUGCACCCAGAUCCAGUGUUGGAAGAUAAGGAAAGGGAAUGGAAGGAAGCGCCACUGCCAGAAACGAGAACGGAAGGGGGAACGAAGUCGCACGAAGAUGAAGGAGCUGUUGAAGGAGGGGAAGACGAUAUAUUAACAGAGAUCUGCAAAGGACGUCUCUCGCUCACCAGGAAGAACUGGGAAGACUUUCUCGACGCCAUCUGCACGCAUCCAGAGCCGUUGUCGUGUGUUGAUCUCCUCACGAACUCGAACACGACGGAGCAUGGAGGCACAGGUACGACGGGCUCGAAACCACCGGGACUCGUCGCAUUGAAUCGGGCGAUGAACAUGGAUUAUUCGUAUUUCUUCUACGAAGGUCUCUUUACCCGCCUCGUUACUUUCUUUCGACUCUCAGAGAUUCAACCCAGUCGGAUCCGCGACACGGUCGUAGAGGCUCUCCGAGACCCACCGAUCUUCUGGGUGUCGUUGCUCAGCACGAUAUGGAGGAUGAAUCUACCAGAGGAGACAGUUGAAUGUGUCGCCUGGUUGAUUUGGCAGUAUUAUUCCUGCAUCUCACCAUCCCCGAGCGGUUCUCCGACACCGAAUUCAGCGGUUAAACUAUACAAAGGCGAUCAGGUCCUAAACCUCCUUCUUGAAUCGUCCAGAAAGGAAACGAGGGAAAUAGCAGAGAAGCUUCAAGCUUUACUUCCCCAGCCUUUGGUGUCUCCAAAAUCCAAGGCGAUGGGAUAUGGCGAUCCGGAGUUGGAUGUUGAGGAUUUUAAUAGGCCUCCUGGGGGGAGGCAUGAUAAUGAUUAUGAGAAUUUUAGGAAGAUAGAUGUUUACCCUACGCCUUCGGAGAUCAAGUCGAAGAGGUUGCCUUAUCUUCCUAAGAUAGCUGCGUUUGGUGGCGAUCCGAGCCUGAAAGGGGGGGAAGAUGGAGGAAAAGAUGGAGGAGUAGGAGUUCCAGCAAUGGAACAACAAUAUCUCGAAGCCUUAUUCCGUCUCUACCGAGAAGAUGCAAUCGAAAACAUCCGUCGCCUCACCUGCACGCUCGUGGAAAGUCGGGACUUGGAGUCAACCACGCCUCAACUCGAGUUGAUCGAUGUCGUUGCGGAAUCCGGAAAGGGAAGUAGACACCGUUGGGCGUUGGCGUUUAAAGCUUGCGAAGAGCUUGUGUGGUACGCUUCACCGCAUCCUUCCACUCUGCCUUCGCCUAUCACCCCCACUCCGAACCCUGUUACUGGUGUUGAUACCCCAGUGGAUGAAUCUAGUACCCUUUAUCGGUUGAGCAUUGCCAAAGCGGUUUGGUGGCCUGAUGGGUGUCUGGUUUCUAUGGUUGAUGGUGAGGAAGUUGUGGGUGUGUGCACGUAUGUUCGGGAUGUCGCACGACUCGCUCAGUCUCCUUCGGUUAUUGUUGUCAAUCUUCAGGGAACGGAGGAUGUUGUCCAGUCUGUGAUGAGGCGGAUCAAGGCUUCGCAAGCGAGGGCAAAGGGGAAGGUCAAGCAGAACGACGGAGUCGGAGGUGGAGGUGGGAUUCGACUCGUGUUUCCGGAACUCGUGAAGUCGGAUUCUUUCAAGGUUCUGGAGAAGCUUCAGACGAUGAAGAAGGUGCCGUUUAGAGAGGAGAUAUUGGGUCCGGCAUCACCUUCGUCGUGGGUGAAAGAACCGGAAAACGUUCCUCGAGAGUUCCUCAAAGGGUUGGAAGCCAAUCCGACCAUCGACAUUGGUCAGUUCUUUGGGCUCCGUUGCGCCAUCACCUUGAACGCGCAACAGUCUGAAGCGUUAUCGUCGGCUUUACGAGAACGGCUUUGUUUAAUUCAGGGAUUUUCUUCUACCGGAAAAUCCUUCCUGGCCUCCCUCAUCACUAAAGUCCUUCACGAACACACAUCCCAAUCUAUCAUGAUCAUCACCCACGACGAUAAGGCACUCUCGAAAGUCUAUCAGCAGUUGACUACCCGUGUUUGUAUCCCUACUACAAAAAUGGUGUUCUUGACUCAAACUCAGACUAUACCGUUCGCUAUGACGUUGAAGGGGAUGGUACCAGCAUCAGCUGACCAAAUUAUCGUGUCCGAACCGAUACGGUCAGGUUCACCUACUCCUAUCGCCACGACCACUAUCAACACCCCGGGUACCCAACCGAUGCAGGCAGGUCUUGGGGAUCCGAGUUUACAGCAUGGGGAAGAUACGUGUGCUGAGCUGGGGAAGGCAGUUAAAGUGGCUUUUGAUGAGUACUAUGUUAAGCCUUCGCCCUCGAAAUCGAAUGAGCCUAUCAUGCGCUAUCUCGCAACACAAGAAUCCGAGAUGGAAUACUAUAAUGCGCUCCGCGUACCUGAGGAGGAAAGCUCAGAGGACACGAACUUACAGCAAAGUUCUAAGCUCGAUAAAACAUACCUCCUUGAGCGAUGGCGGAAUGGGGAGGAUGCUGGUGUUUUGUCUGGUAAACCGUCGACUUCCUCUGAUUCGGCAGCUAGGAUCUGGGGGAUGUCUAGCGAAGAACGGCGGGAGAAGGUGGAUACUUGGGAGAAAGCGACAGCGUCGGCAGAUCUUUCUUCAUAUGCAAACGCAAAUACCGAACACGACGGCGACGGCGACUCCGAUGCAAUAACUCGGUUAUACAAUGUCGGUCAACAGUUCAACGUCUAUCAGGAAGUCCGUCGUCUUCAAGAUAUGGAUCUUGAGUUGUCUGUGUUGAAAGAAAAGAGGAUUAUUGGGGGGACGAUACGGAAUAUUUCGGAGAUCCUGGAUCUCCUAGGUGACGUUGACAUGCCUGAAGUCGUCAUUGUCAUGGGGGGUGAUGCGUUACCGGAGUGUGAGGUGGUGACGAUGUUGGGGAGCAAGGCGAAGCAUUUGGUUAUGAUGGGCGGUAUACCAACGAGAAGACCUACCUUCAGUCUUCCCCGCCUCACUGAAGCCUUCAAAAAGGGCCACAAUUUGGACGUUUCGUUAUUCGAACGCCUCAUCCAAAAAUCCUAUCCGUGUCAUGUGCUGCAUACUAUCUACCCCUCUAAUACUCAAAUUGGUAUAAAUUCAUUCUCGAAUAUGGGUUGGGGUGGUGUCACACAGACGUACCACACACCACCUCCGUUGGCACCUCUACCUCUCCCUCCACCUCCACGACGACGGAAUACGGGUUGGAGCGCUGCGAGUUCCGCAUGGAGCCGUCCAGCGUCGCCUUCGCGACCCCAGGAAUGCUCUACUACUCCCAAUUCCGGUGAUGGACCCGGAAAGACCGCACUCCAAAGAAAAAUCGGAGCCACAGAAAAAGAGUGGAUUCAUCGCAAGACCGAGUUAGGUGUAAGUAAUGUCCAUGUCGACGCGAUUAUGGGGAUGAUUGGGAUUGAAGAGGUUAAGACGAAAGUGUUGGAUAUUAUGGAUACCGUCGAGUUGAUUAAGAAACAAAAGAGGUCACUGAAGGAUGUUACAUUCAAUGCUGUUUUGUUUGGGAAUCCUGGUACUGGCAUGCCCAUCUUCGCGAAACAUUACUUCAAAUUCCUUGAAUCCAUCGGAGCCAUCCGUGGUACACAGUUCCUAGAAAUCAACGUCGUCGAAGCCGAAAACUUCAUGCAAUACGUUCGAACCAUCGCACGUCGAGGGGGAGGCAUCCAUGUCAUCGACGCUCACAAACCGGGAAGAUACUCCUGGUCUACAUGGCUAACUGGAGGCCUUGUAGACUCCGUCACCCCCGAUACUCUCGUUGAACAGAUGACCAAGGGAGCUGGUAAACAAGCCUACCUUUUCUCUGGAUUGAGAGCUAAAAUGGAAACUUGGCUUGCGUCCAAUCCUGUUUUGGACGAUGCGUUACCGUAUGGGUUUCAUUUUCCGGAUUAUGAGGAGGAAGAGCUGUUGCAGUUGUUUGAGCUUCGACUUGUUCAGUUGUUUCAAGGGGAGAUGAAAGUGGAAGGUGGGGUUGAUGGUCCGUAUGCUCGGUUGGCGAUUCGGAAGUUGGCUGCGAAGAGGAACUGUGAAGGUUUUGGGAAUGAAGUUGAUGUUCAUUAUCUUAUUGACGACAUUCUAAUGCGGCAGGCAAAACGGAUGCGUGCAAAGGAAGGUGGGGAAGGUGAUGAAACUGGGGAAGUGGGCGAGCCGGAUUGUAUGCUCAUUACGAAGGAGGACCUGCUUGUGCAACACUCUAAACCGAUCGAGGAGAGUGAAGCGUACAAGGAGCUCCAAUCUUUGAUUGGUCUGGCGUCGACCAAGGCAACUAUUGACAGUCUUGUGACGCUAGUCCAGGUCAAUAAUGAACGACAGCUCAAAGGGAAGAAAUCCGUGGAAGUCCUUUUGAACCGCGUUUUUUUGGGGCCUCCCGGGACUGGCAAGACGACUGUAGCCAAACUUUACGCCAAGUUAUUGAAUGAGAUGGGCCUCCUUAGUACGGGUGAAGUUGUCACCAAGAAUGCCAACGACUUUAUCGGGCAGUUCAUCGGACAGUCAGAAGCGAAUACGAAGGCCAUUUUGGCUAGUGCGAAAGGGAAAGUUUUGAUUAUAGAUGAGGCUCAUAUCCUGAAUCCUACCAGCUAUAACAAUGCAGAUGUCUUCAAAGAAGACGUGAUCGAUUCGCUGGUUUCUGGCAUUCAAAACAUGCCUGGCGAUGAUCAAUGUGUCUUAUUGCUGGGUUACGAGGAGGAGAUGUUUGAUAUGUUUGAGAACGCGAAUCCAGGCCUCAACCGCCGUUUCCGAAUAUCAGAUUCCUUCUAUUUCCCUGACUUCACGACAGACGAACUGUUACAAAUCUUCGACGCAAAACUCAGGAAGGAAGGACUCUCCGCCACUCCUGCAGCCCGAAAAGUCGUUGCAGAGAUGCUUGACCGUGCUCGAUACCGACCGAAUUUCGGUAAUGGAGGCGCUGUCGAUAACAUCAUCGCCAACGCCAAAGAGAACUAUUUCGGACGCUUUAAAGUCACGGAUUUCCCGGAUGAUAUCCUCUUCGAACCGCAAGACUUCGAUCCUGAUUAUGACAGAGGUGGCGAAGGAUCAGAAAGACUGGCUGCUCUUUUCGAGGAAAUGGUUGGAUGCGAGGAUAUUAUGGCUAAGUUUGAGGAGUAUCAGAUUGUCAGUCGGACGAUGAGGAGGUGCGGGAAGGAUGCAAAAAAAGUUAUUCCGAUGAAUUUCGUGUUCAAGGGACCUCCAGGAACUGGGAAAACGACCAUCGCGAGGAAAAUGGGUCAAAUCUUUUACGAUAUGGGAUUCCUUGCCUCAGCAGAAGUCAUCGAAUGUUCUGCCACCGACAUGAUAGGAAGUUACCUAGGCCAAACUGGUCCAAAGACCCAGAAGUUGUUCAAGAAGGCCCUAGGCAAGGUUCUUUUCGUCGAUGAAGCUUAUCGUCUAUGUUACGGAGAAUACGCCCAAGAAGCUGUCGGUGAAUUAGUCACACUUUUGACCCAGAAGACGUACCACAUGAAGAUGGUCGUCGUUUUGUCCGGGUACGAUAAAGAUAUGGACAUAUUGCUUUUACGAAAUCGAGGGCUUGCUAGUCGGUUCCCGGAACAAAUCGUGUUCAACAAUAUUGACCCUGCGGCCUGUUUGGAAAUACUUCGACAAUUGUUGCAGAAGACUGGGGUGAGAUUGAGAUGUUUGGAAGAAAAAGGGAGGGACUAUCGGAAGAUGGCGGAAAUUAUCAAGCGGAUGUCUGGGUCGUCGGCAUGGGGAAAUGCGAGGGAUAUGGUUUCGUUGUCGGUGCAUCUGAUCAGGGAGGCGCAUAAAGUCCAGACCUCCACUGGAAUCCAGGAUGAAGUGUUCGAGUUGUCCUCGAAAGCUGCGGUGAGAUAUCUGGUUGAGAUGCGGGAGGAGCAACAACAACGAGCCUCGGCACACCCUCAACAUAAAUCGCCGGGUCAUGGGGAGGGAGAAAAAUUCAACCCAUCAGCGGUACUUGAGCAGUUGAAUGUUGCGCGGUGGAGAGCGGUGAAACAGCAGCUGAAUGGCGUAAAUUCUUCGUACUCGCGGACGCAGUUUUAUGAUAUUCCUGGCCCGUAG